CAAAGUCACAGCUAAGUAUUUACUUCUGUCUUGUUUUGCUCUUCCACACUUGAGACUUGAACCAGGACGGCACUAUGUCUUACCCUCCUUCCAGAGCCCUCAGUGUAUAUGGAGGAGCUGGUGGUCGAGGAACCCAGAUCUCCUCGUCUCCCUCUGCACCAAGGGCCUUCAACCUAGCUGAUGGUUUAGACCUAUCCACAGACAAGAAGGCCACCAUGAAGAAUUUGAAUGACCGUCUGGCCUCAUACCUAGACAAGGUCCGUUCACUGGAGAAGGCCAACGCUGAGCUGGAGCAGAAGAUCAGAGAGUGGUAUGAAAAUCGACCUAAUGUCACAUUUGACCACACCAUCUUCCUAGACAACAUCAAAGACCUGAGGAACAUGAUUCAGUUGGCGUCCAGGGACAAUGCCACAUUAAUCCUGGCGGUGGAUAAUGCCAAACUGGCUGCUGAUGACUUUAAGAUGAAGUAUGAGAAUGAGCUGGCCAUGCGUAGGACCAUUGAAGCUGACAUCGCCAAUCUGAGGAAACUUCUGGAUGACUUUAGCUUGAGGCGGUCGGAUCUGGAGAUUGAAAUUGAGACUCUGAACGAGGAGCUCAUCACACUGAGAAGAAACCACGAGGAGGAGAUGUCUCUGGCUAGUGCUGAGGCUAGUGGUCAGGUGAACGUUUGUGUGGAUGCAGCGCCAUCUAUGGACCUGAAUCAGGCCAUGACGGAGAUCAGACAACAUUAUGAAUCUGUGACUGAGAAAAACCGCAAAGAGCUGGAGUCCUGGUAUGCAACCAAGAUUGCCACGGUGCAAGAGGAGGUGAUCACACAAAAUGAAGAUCUCCAAAACAGCAGAACUGAGGUGAAAGAACUGACAAACACAUUGCAAAGGCUACAGAUUGAACUGCAGACCAAUCAGAGCAUGAGAUCAGCCCUUGAUGGUGAACUGGAGGAAACACAGGGCCGUUACGGGGAGCAGCUGGCUAGGCUUCAGGCCACUGUCACCAGCCUGGAGGACCAGCUCAGUCAAUUUUAUGCCAACAUUGCCAACAACAAGAGAGAGUACGAAACGCUGCUGGACGUCAAGACCAGACUGGAGCGUGAGAUUGAAGAGUACAGGAGACUGCUGGAUGGAGAAAAGAGGGAGUCCCACAAAAUUGUCACUAAAACAAUCACAGUGGUGGAAACCAUCGUGGAUGGAAAUAUUGUGGAGAGCAGCGAGAGUGUGGAUGUAGAUGAGAAAGAAGACGAAUCUCCUUAAAAACACUCUGAAGCUAUGGACACCACAUGUUUUACUCAUUCCUUCUGUUCAAGACCUCUGUAUUGCACACAGUAAAUGAAAAAACUUAAAGUUUACUUUUUGUAAAUAAAGGUCCAAAAGCUAUUACCUAUUACCUAUAAGAUUUAAAUAUAUACACUUUAAGUACUAAUAUGUACCUUUAAUAUACCAAAAUGGACCCCUUAGGCAAAAACAGUGACAGCUUUUGUAUUUGUAUUUGUCUAUUGUCUAUGAACAUUAUUAUCUGAUGAAUAUAUAUAUAUAUAUAUAUAUAUAUAUAUAUAUAUAUAUAUAUAUAUAUAUAUAUAUAUAUAUAUAUAUAUAUAUGUGUGUGUGUAUGUGUGUGACUUUUUUUUCUGAUUUUUAGCUCUCUGUUAAAUGUGUUAAUUUGUGUAAAAGCACAAGUCUCAAAAUGUAUGACCAACCUUUUUAGAAAAAAUCCCUUGAUAUUAAAGCGAUAUUAAACAGAUUUGACAUGAGACAGACCACAA